UAUAAUUAUUAUUAAAUUCCAUGUAAAGAACGAGUAUUAAACUAGUUAUUAUUUUCUUUUUAGAAUAUAAUAAAUAAUUUCAAAAUAUUAAAUUUAUUAGAUUAAUAUAACGUGGCAAAUCUAUACAAGUAGUUUCUUCUCCUAAUUUCCUGCAAAAUUGAAAUUCAACAUCAUGUGUUAUUAAAAAAAAAAAAGAAAAAGAAAUUCAACAUCAUGUAUGUGACUUUGGGCCGGACUAGCAUAGGCCAUAAACAUAAAAGCCCAAGUUGUAUGGACAGUCUCUUCUCGACUAAACGAACCAGUGAGGAAUUCGGUGUCAUCGGCUCCUUUUGUUCAUUUCCCGCCAAACCAAAGCAGGUGCGCGCCAAAGCCAAAGAUUCACCGUUCCUCUUCACUCAUUCCUUAACUAACUUUACAGAUUUUCGAAACAAAGAACAAAGUAUUUUUCGAGAAAAGUAAAGAUGAAGGGAGGAACUGUGCAGAUCAAUUGGCACGGUACUAAACCCGUCCUAACCCUAGAUUUUCACCCUAUUUCCGGUCUCCUCGCCACUGGUGGUGCCGAUUUCGACAUUAAGAUGUGGUUAAUAAAUUCAGGAGAUGCAGAGAAGAAGAUCCCAACUGCUUCAUUUCAAAAUAGCCUUUCUUAUCAUAGUUCUGCUGUUAAUGCCCUUCGCUUUUCUCCUUCUGGAGAACAACUUGCCUCUGGUGCUGAUGGUGGCGAGAUGAUUAUAUGGAAGUUACAUGCGACAGAAACUGGUCAAACAUGGAAAGUUCUCAGGAGUUUACCAUUUCACCGCAAAGACGUUCUGGACCUGCAGUGGUCUCCUGAUGGUAUGUUUCUGAUCUCUGGAUCAGUUGAUAAUUCUUGCAUAAUAUGGGAUGUUAACAAAGGUUCUGUCCAUCAGAUAUUGGAUGGUCAUUUUCAUUAUGUGCAAGGUGUAGCUUGGGAUCCAUUGGCCAAGUAUGCUGCUUCUCUUAGUUCAGACAGAACUUGCCGAGUUUAUGUCCACAAAUCUCAGCCAAAAGGAAAAGUUGUUGAAAAGAUGAAUUAUGUUUGUCAGCAUGUCAUCUCAAAGGCAGAGCAGCCGCUAUCCGAUGCUAAGUCUUCCAAAAACCAUCUCUUUCAUGAUGAAACAUUGCCAUCUUUCUUUCGAAGAUUAGCUUGGUCACCUGAUGGGUCGUUUUUAGUUGUGCCAGCAGGUUCUUACAAAACUUCACCUGCAUCAGACACAGUGAAUACAACCUAUGUAUUUUCUAGGAAGGAUUUUUCAAGGCCUGCUUUACUGCUUCCUGGUGCCAGUAAACCUGUUGUAGCAGUUCGCUUCUGUCCCAUGGCUUUUAGUCUCAGGGAAUCACAUUCAGCUGGAUUCUUCAAGCUUCCUUAUCGCCUAAUUUUUGCGGUGGCAACUUUAAACUCGUUGUACAUCUAUGACACAGAGAGUGCUCCCCCAAUAGCAAUCUUGGCUGGUCUUCACUAUGCAGCCAUAACAGACAUUGCAUGGUCAUCCAACGCUCAGUAUUUGGCUGUGUCUUCUCAAGAUGGUUACUGUACUUUGGUAGAAUUCGAGAUAAAUGAACUGGGAUUGCCCAUCACGUUGGGAGAGCACAAGAACGACAUAGUUGAGGAGAAUAAAAGCCUUAUUGUUGAGAAACCAGAUGACAUAAUUAUUGAAACACAUACUGAUGAUAGUUCCACAGCGCCAGAGAGCAGAGAAACAGAGGUUGAGAAGCAUGAAAAGAAGCAGGUAUUACCGAGUCCAGUUAAUACACCCAUCUCAACUAAGCCAGCCAAGAGGCGAAUUACUCCGAUGGCAAUUGAUACAAAAUAAUUGUAUAUUUUGGAGUGCUGGAAGCAGGCCAAGAUCCAUUUUCAACUGUUGCAAGUGAAUUGUGCUUCCAUAGCAGUCCAAUUUUUGGACAAUGUACAGCAAUCACAUAAGAAUCUUCUCCCCUUCCUUGCUCAUGUACUGUGACCUCAUAUAUAGUAGGCACCUUGACAAUAAUAGCAAGCAUAAUAGUUUCAAUACCGACAUAGGCAUGUCAAUUUUCCUCAUGCAUAUGCCAUUAGUAUAAUCACUCAGUAGCAUCUACUCUCUGGCUUUUAGUUUCAUAUGACAUCCAUUUUUUGAGGAAAGAUAGAAACUGGGAAUAUGAAUGUACCUUAAAUUCUUUUUCAUCUCAA